AUGGCUUUUCACCUCUCACCUAUCUAUCUAUCUAUCUAUCUAUCUAUCUAUCUAUCUAUCUAUCUAUCUAUCGUAGCUAUCUCUCUUCAUAGUCUAUCGAAAUCUAUUUAUCUCUCAAAACCUGUUUCUCCCCUGCCUCACUCUUUGUAUAUCUAUCUAUCUAUCUAUCUAUCUAUCUAUCUAUCUAUCUAUCUAUCUAUCUAUCUAAUUUCCUCUUUUCAUAAAGUCUAUCGAAAUCUAUUUUUUUCUUUCUUUCUGUAUUUCUUUCAUUUUCUUCCUUUCAUUUUCUUUCUUUCUUUCUUUCUUUCUGUAUUUCUUUCAUUUUCUUUCUUUCAUUUUCUUUCUUUCUUUCUGUAUUUCUUUCAUUUUCUUUCUUUCUUUCUUUCUUUCUUUCUUUAUAUCUUUCCGUAUUUCUUUCAUUUUCUUUCUUUAUAUCUUUCCGUAUUUUCUUUCUUUCUGUAUUUCUUUCAUUUUCUUUCUUUCUUUUUUUUUCUUUCUGUAUUUCUUUCAUUUUCUUUCUUUCUUUCUUUCUUUCUUUCUUUCUGUAUUUCUUUCAUUUUCUUUCAUUUUCUUUCUUUCUUUCUUUAUAUCUUUCAUUUUCUUUCUUUCUUUCUUUAUUUCUUUUUGUCUUUCUUUCAUUUUCUUUCUUUCAUUUCUUUCUGUUUGUAUUUCUUUCUGUUUUUUUCUUUCUUUCUGUAUUUCUUUCAUUUUUCUUUCUUUCUUUCUUUCUUUCUUUCUGUAUUUUUUCUUUCUUUCUGUUUUCUUUCUUUUUUUUUUUCUUUCAUUCUUUUUCUUUCUGCACUUAUUUCAUUUUCUUUUUUUCAUUUUCUUUAUUUUUGCAUUUCUUUCAUUUUCUUUCUUUCUGUAUUUCUUUCAUUUUAUUUAUUUCUUUCAUUUUCUUUCUUUCUUUUUUUCCGUAUUUCUUUCAUUUUCUUUCUUCCUGUAUUUCUUUCUUUCAUUUUCUUUCUUUCUUUCCGUAUUUCUUUCGUUUUCUUUCUUUCUUUCUUUCUGUAUGUCUUUCAUUUUCUUUCUUUUUUUCAUUUUCUUUCUUUUUGCAUUUCUUUCAUUUUUUUCUUUCUUUCAUUCAUUCAUUUUCUUUCUUUCUGUAUUUCUUUCAUUUUCUUUCUUUUUGAAUUUCUUUCAUUUUAUUUCUAUCUGUAUUUCUUUCUUUUUGGAAUUUUUUCAUUUUCUUUCUUUCAGAAUUUCUUUCAUUUUCUUUCUUCCUUUCUGUAUUUCUUUCAUUUUCUUUCUUUCUUUCAUUUUCUUUCUUUCAACAUUUCUAUCAUUUUCUUUCUUUCUUUCUGUAUUUCUUUCAUUUUCUUUCUUUCUUUCAUUUUCUUUCUUUCUGCACUUCUUUCAUUUUCUUUAUUUCAUUUUCUUUCUCUUUGUAUUUCUUUCAUUUUCUUUCUUUCUGUAUUCUUUCAUUUUCUUUCUUCAUUUUUUUUCGUUCUUUCCAUAUUUCUUUCAUUUUCUUUUUUUAAUUUUCUUUUUUCUGUAUUUCUUUCAUUUUCUUUCUUUCAUUUUCUUUCUCUAUUUCUUUCAUUUUCUUUCUUUCUGUAUUUCUUUCAUUUUAUUUAUUACUUUCAUUUUCUUUCUUUGAUUUUUCCGUAUUUCUUUCUUUUCUUUCAUUUUGUUUCUUUUUUAUUUCUCACAUUUUCUUUCUUUCUGCAUUUCUUUCAUUUUCUUUCAUUUUCUUUCUUACUGCAUUUCUUUUAUUUUCUUUCUUUCUUUCUUUCUGUAUUUCUUUAA